GUCGCCAAAUGUGACACUUCCUGUUUCUUCCAGUAUGACACAGUGUGGGUUGCGCGUUGCAUUGUGGGGGUAAAAAUAUAGCACAGAGAAGACAACGGGGACCACAAAGGAAUGAAAACAGUACCUCGGUAACUUUUAGGAUCUAUCGGGAAUGUGAAUCUGUCAGAGCGGCAUUCAAACGGUGAGCUGGGGCGGCUGGCAACUGCCUCAGAGGAGCGGGGAAUGUGAGCGGGUGUAGCGGCGCAGCUGCAGCAGGGCGCACCGCUGUCUCCGACUGCUUUUUGUCAGCUGAGCCACCAGCAUCCAGAGGCCCCGGCUGUUUUCCCAGGCCUCCCGCUCAAAGGACACAUUUUCUUUAUACAGUAAAGAGGACUCCACCAUGGGGGUGAAAACCUUCACCCACAGCUCUACCUCCCACAGCCAGGAGAUGCUUGACAAGCUGAAUGCUUUGCGCAAUGAGGGUCACCUCUGUGAUGUCACCAUCCGGGUCCAGGACAAGCUCUUCCUAGCACACAAGGUGGUCUUGGCAUGCUGCAGUGAAUUCUUUCGAUCCAAGCUUGUGGGCCGGCCAGAAGACGAGGAAAAGUUUGUGUUGGACCUCCAUCACGUGACAAUUAGUGGCUUCGCUCCGCUUCUGGAAUAUGCCUACACCUCCACUCUUUCCAUCAGCACAGAGAACAUCAUAGACGUCCUAGCAGCAGCCAGCUACAUGCAGAUGUUUGCCGUGGCAAGCACAUGUUCCGAGUUCAUGAAGUCCAGCAUCCUGUGGAGCCCAACAAACAACAACAGCAGCAGCAACAUGGCGGUGGAUAAGGCGCACGAAGCACCUGAGAGCGCUUCGUCACACUGUGCCCUGACGCCACUGGAUGGCAGUGUGUCCCCCGUGUCGUCCGACUGCAGCGUCAUGGAGAGGAAUGUUCCGAUCUGCCGGGAAUCCCGGAGAAAACGGAAAAAUUUUGUCACAAUGGCAUCGCCGGAGAGCCCACUCAAAUGCACUGCACAGAUGGUCACCACCUCCCCUCAAAUCCCCAACCCGUCAUCCUCGUUUUCGGAUGGCCCGGCCCAGGCGGUGGAGUCUUCCCUGGCCUUUCCCUGGACAUUCCCCUUCGGCAUCGACCGGAGGUUUCACUCGGACAAAUCUAAGCGGCCGGAGAGCCCCCGCUGUUUGGAGGCAGGUGCCCCCGGGACCUCAGAGGGCGUGGUUGCCCGCCGGCUCAGCGACUUCCUGACAUGCGAGAGCUCCAAGGUGGUGUCAUCUCCGGUGGCUACAGAGGAGGAGGACGUGAGGGUGAAGGUAGAGCGACUCAGUGACGAGGAGGUUCAGGAGGCAUCGUCCCAACCCGUCAGCGCCUCUCAGAGCUCCAUGAGCGACCAGCAGACGGUGCCAGGGAGCGAGCAGGUCCAGGAAGAGCUUCUUAUCAGUCCACAGUCCUCUUCUAUAGGAUCAAUGGAUGAAGGUGUGUCAGAAAGCCUGCCUUCCAUGCAGAGCACCUCUAACGCUGGAGGACACGCAGAGGAUGAUGAGAGGCUGGAAGGUAUUCAGUAUCCAUACCACCUCUAUAUAAGCCCAUCGGCUCGACCUGGCACCAAUGGCCCAGACCGGCCUUUUCAAUGCCCAACCUGUGGAGUCAGAUUCACACGCAUUCAAAACCUGAAACAGCAUAUGCUCAUACACUCCGGCAUUAAACCUUUCCAGUGUGAUCGCUGUGGGAAAAAGUUCACACGGGCCUACUCCCUAAAGAUGCAUCGGCUGAAGCACGAAGGUAAACGCUGUUUCCGGUGCCAGAUUUGUAGCGCCACAUUCACGUCCUUCGGUGAAUAUAAGCACCACAUGAGGGUCUCCCGACACAUAAUCCGCAAGCCGCGGAUUUAUGAGUGCAAAACAUGCGGCGCCAUGUUCACCAACUCUGGCAAUUUAAUUGUACACCUGAGGAGUCUGAACCAUGAGGCAUCCGAGCUAGCAAACUACUUCCAGAGCAGUGAUUUCCUCGUGCCCGACUACCUGAGCCAGGUACAGGAGGAGGAGGAGGCACUGGGAGUUCCAUAUGAGCUCGAGGAGUCCCAACAUCACCCAGUUUACCUGGGCAGCACCUCCAAUGUCACCGCCACCACCACUGCCUCGUCCUCUUCCUCAGUGCAAAUGCCGGUUAUCUCCCAGGUCUCCUCUUCCACACAGAACUGUGAAAGUUCCUCCGGCUUACUUUCGCCCGAGUCCCUGGAACCCCUGGAAGCCCCAACCUCCAAUAAAACGGACGCCGAUGACACGGCAGUCCUGACGGAGAACAAGAUGAGUGACUGUGUCAGGGGCAGUUCCCCAGAGGAGUUUGGAGAGGAGCAGCCUAAGGAGGUGGCUUCCAUUACCAUAGAGUGAUCCAAGUCUUCUUCCUGCCCCUGAUGUUGUAUUUUGCACUCAAGUUAUAUGGGAAUAUAAAUCAAAAUAAUCUGAAGACUGAAAUAACUCAGAGAUCCACAAUGCAGCCCUUAUCACAUGGAACAAUGGAAACGCUACAGAGUUUUCAAAAGAUAAUGUUGAUUUGAUGGCAUCAUUUUACAUGCAAAAACUGCAGCACUUCUUCAGAUUUCACACUAGUUCAUUGGCUGGGGAAUCUGGAUCUCACAGCCUCCUUGCUCCCUGAAAGCCAGCAGUAUUUUAGCAGUAUUAACAAGCCUGUUUUUUCCCAUAUGACUUGAAUGCAGCACCGUCUCAAGUCAGUGAAGUGUCAGCCAAUUGGAGGUCUGUCCGUUCCAAGCCUUGCUCUAUUUUAGAAAGUGCCUGAGAGUUCACACUUUAGCAACAUCACAUAGGAGAAAUGAAGUGACAAAUCAAGUCUUUGCAAACUGAGCUAAAAUAGUCCUUGUAUUACAUUUGUAAUAGUAAUGCCAGUUUGUAUGGGCAGAAACUGUGUUACUCAUUUGGUGCCGUUGCUAUUGGCAAAUAUUACAUGUCAAUAUUAAUCUAUCCUGCAAUAGCUUGUACUGUACUUCUAUAUGAAUGCUGUGUAUGUUGAGUGUUGUUCUAUGAUGUGUAAGAUGUGUGUGUAUGUGCAUUUCUAUGACCAGUAUGAACACAGUGCAUUUCCUUUUUUAAAUGUUUCAAACUUGAACUGUACUGACAAAGUAUUCCCUAAAGUUAUCUGUGCAGUGGAAACACUUUAUUGACUGGUUCCACAGUUUGACUUGUCAGUGAACACUGUUGUGAAAUCCAACUCUGGUUCUCAUGGCAUAAAAAAAAUUCUGAUAUUCA